AUGAAGGCCAUCUUCUUCAGCCUUUCUCUGCUCCUCCUUCUGGAGAAGCAAGCAGCUGGGGUAGGAAUCUAUGGUGGGACAAAAGGACACUAUCUAGUAAAAACAUCACCCCAACUUGGAUUUAUCCAAAAAGACAAUCUCCUUUAUGGGCAGAAAGAAGCACAGGAAGGCGUACCUGAAGAAAGCAUUAUUAUACAAACCAAGCACAGUGCUUAUGGCCAGGAUGCUGAUGUUGAAGCUGACAUGGAAGAGACUCCGAGUUUCCAGGGACAGAGAGAUUUAAAGGAAGACAUAGGUUGUGAUGAAGAAGACAAGAUGAUUCCAAAAACAUCCCAGAUUCAAUCCCAGUCACAAAUAAAAUCCCAAAUCCAACUAAAAUCCCAGGGAGCCCAACUGAAGUCCCAAACAAGCCGGCUAAAGACCCUAGGCCAGGUGAAAUCACAAAUCAAGCUGAAACCCCAGGCGGCCCCUUACCAAACAUCAGUAAGUCUCCAAGGAGCCGUUCUUCAUCAAAUCAAGGGCAAAGGAUAUGACCAGGGUAAAGACCUGGCUCUAGACUACCAGCGGCAGCAGAGGAUGGUUCAGAGCCACAGAAGAAAGCUUCGUAGGUCCUGGCAAGCAACAGAUUUCUUACCGCAGCAGUCCCAACCCUAUGAUGGGUAUAUUUUGCAGCUCCAAGGACAACUACAGGGCAGAGAUUAUCACACAAAAUCUUUCCACCAAGCUCAAGGAACGUGCUACUGUCCAAAAGGAGGGUUAUUCCUAUAUCAAGGUGCCUAUACAGAAUAA